CUUGGCAAAACCUGCAGAGACUGGACCACUUAUCUGUCUCUUGCCUUACAUCUCUAUUUUUAUAAAUCUAUAUAUACAUUCUUCCAUUGAACAACUUGAGAGACCUCACUGGACAUAUACAUAUCUCCUGCGCGCAGUUUCUGAGUCCUUUUAAUUUCUUGGAUUGAUUAAUGAUGGAGUACUCAACAUGGGUUAAUACUUCUCUUGACCUCAACUUGGACCCUUCUCCACAAAUCAUUGAAGCUCCGAAAAGCGAGAAGACAAGAGACUUUGAGGGAUUGGAGGUGAUCAAAGGAACCACUGUAAAAGAAGAGACGAUGGAGCUGGCAUUAGUUGAAGAGUUGAAUCGGAUGCGCGUGGAGAACAAGAGACUGACCGACAUGCUGGCAGUUUUGUGUGAAAAAUACAAUGCUUUGUUCCAUCAUUUUGGCGAUUUGAAGUGUAAGGAAUCCAUCUCGAACUCAUCGAAGAAGAGGAGGAUCGACAGUGAGGAUUACAGCAUUAAUAGAAUCAGUCCUAGUAAUUAUAUGAACGGAGAGAGCAGCUCAAGUGAUGAAGAAUCUUCUAGAAGGCCUAUGAAUCAUCAUGGGAACAUCAACACUAAAGUUUCGAACUUUCGUGUUCGGACAGACCCUUCGGACACUAGCCUGGUUGUAAAGGAUGGAUAUCAAUGGAGAAAGUAUGGACAAAAGGUGACCAGAGAUAACCCUUCUCCUAGAGCAUACUUCAAGUGCUCCUAUGCACCAUCAUGCCCAGUCAAGAAGAAGGUGCAAAGGAGUGUUGAAGACCCUUCAAUCUUGGUAGCAACUUAUGAGGGAAACCACAAUCACAUCCAACCUGCGGCUUCAUCUGCAACCGUGAGACCUUCCACGUCGAGCGUUGCAACUCUUGAUUUGGUUCAAUCAUCUGGAAUCAAAGGCAAUGAUCAUGCCAAUGACAAGUCUCCAGCAGUACUGGAAGGAAUUGACCAUAUUUUGGUCCAGAAAAUGGCUUCUUCUUUGACAAGAGAUCCCAAUUUCACAACAGCACUUGCAGUUGCCAUUCAAGGAAGGUUCUUGAACCAAGCUCGGAUGCCCAUCAAUGAAUAAUGAUCGGUCCAUCAUUCAUGAAUUUGUAAUGAAAAAUAUUAAGGACAUGUAAAUGGAGUUUAUCAUGAACAAUCGAAUUAUAGUGUGAAUGAAUAGAUUGUUCGAGUCAA